GCUUUUUGGUCGUCGUCGUCGACGCUGUCGCCGCUGUUCGUCGCCGUCGUUGUCGUUGUUAAACGUCUUUCCUCACUCGCGUUCCAUAGUCGCUCCUUACCUCAGUCCGUUUGUCGGUUCGUCGAAUUCGAAUCGAAUCUCAGAUACAUUCAUUUGUACGUAACGUAUGUCGUUUGGUUUGGUGUAAACUGGAGGAGGAGAGAAGAUUGUGAUAAAAGAGAAUAAAUAAUAAAAAUCGUCACAAAAAGAAAUAUACAAAAAUUAUACAAAAAAAUAACGGAGAAAAUUGUGUUAAAGGCAGAUCAGUCCGUUCAGUUCAGUUUUCAGAGUAUAUAUUUAGUAUAUUGAAUAUACCUACCUACAUUUUUCUACUACCAGUUUUUUAAUGUUGAUGUGAUAGGAGCUCAAGCUGGAGCUGGAGCUAGAGUGCUGGAGAUUGAUACAUACAUAUGUACAUACUUUACUUUGUGCAGAGUGCAGUGAAGGGUUAUCAUAUAUUAGAGCUUAGCGAGCUCACUUAAAAGAGUUUAAUGUCUUCACAUAAUAUUCCUAUUUCCAAACCAAAUUUGAUAUGUCUCGUUGUCGUUGUCGUUCUCGUGUGUUUUUGUUUUUGUGUCUAUGGUGAAUGUUAUGAAAGAGUGCACUAACGGUGUACUUAGCUACAUAGAUUGUUUAGAGUGAAUCGACGACGAGUGCAAUUGAGUUCAAAUCUCCAUGCGUUUUUAUUUUUACCUUAACCGACCGAAUAAAAUUAUACUUCUUACCCAUAAUCACUUUGGUUUGGUGAUAAUUUCGCGUGCUUAAUGUUUUAAAAUCAAAAUUUAUUUUCAGCUACAAACAUUUUUGGAUUAUACACAAAAAUUGAUAAAUUCUAAGGAUUAAAAUAUAAUAAAUAUGUAAAUGACUACACUUCAUACCUAAAAAAUGUAAUUUGGAUAACAGAAACUAAAAAAUAAAAUAACAACAAAACCAACGUCAAAACCAACGAGAACUUAAAGGAUAAAAAUAUAGAACUACCUACCUACCUACAAAACCAAAUGUUUUCGAUAGUUUAUGACGACUUCAAUAAAAUACACCUGCCUGGGAUCUUUUCAACAAUGGAGAUCUAAAAUGGAUCAACAAAUUCCAAUUAAACACCAGCGGCUGUAGCAAUAUGCGUUACAAAAAAUGUGUCAACAAAGGCCAAAUAAGAUAUGUCUUCUUUUGGGCAAUCUUUGUUGGUUCCUUUAACUGCAGCGCAAAUUCUUACCACCCUGAUAACUACAGUAUUUCUAGUAUAAGUGCAGUUAGUAGUAGUAGCAGUAGCAGUAGUAGCAGUAGCAGUAGUAAUAAUAAUAAUAUUGACGAUUACGUUAACGACGAAAUAAGACUGGAUCAUGAUGCUUCUUAUGUGUUUCGUUUCAAGCACAGCGUCUAUAAUGUUACCAUUCCAGAAAAUAGCGUGGGCAAGACGUAUGCCUUGCAAUUGCCCGACGAAGAUAAAGUUGGUAUACAAGUUGAUGGUAUACCUAAUUUGGAUGUUAAAUAUCGCAUUAUUAGCGGCGAUCGGGAUAAGCUAUUCAAGGCCGAAGAGAGAUUGGUCGGUGGAUUUGCGUUCUUAGCUAUCAAAACCCGUACUAGUAAUGUUAUACUUAAUCGUGAGAAAACCGACGAAUAUCGAUUGACUGUUAAGGCAUUUGGCACACAACUCGAACCGAAUGGUAAACAUUUGUACGAAAGUGAAACACUGGUGCUGUUGCGAGUGCUUGAUCGUAAUGAUUUGAGUCCGUUGUUUUAUCCAACGGAAUAUUCAAAAACCGUGCCAGAAGAUACACCGCUACAUAAGAGUAUUCUUCAAGUUAACGCCGAGGAUGCUGAUCUGGGGAUAAAUGGUGAAAUUUAUUAUAGUUUUUUGCAAGAGAAUGAUAAUUUUGCUGUACAUCCGACAUCUGGUGUGAUAACGCUGACGAGGAGUUUGCAUUAUUUGGAGAAGAAUAUUCAUGAGUUGACGGUGUUGGCGAAUGACAGAGUUUCGGCAGCAAGUCAUCGUCUAAAUCAAGCUAGUAAAGCAAAAGUUAUCAUCAAAGUAGAACCGGUGAAUUUAUAUCCCCCGGACAUUUAUGUAAGAACCUUGCCAUAUGUAGAAGAAGGAGCUAACGCCAAUAUAUACGGCAUCAUAAGAGUUACCGACAAAGACCAAGGAAUCCAUGGCCGAAUAAAAGGUGUAGAGCUAGUGAGUGGUGACCCGGAUGGACACUUUCGAAUAAGACCAUCGCAGAAGCCCGGCGAAUACUUUAUUGAAAUUCACAGCCUAUUGGAUAGAGAAAGAACACCCCAAGGAUAUAAUUUAACAUUUCGUGCAGAAGACCGGGGGAUACCCCCACAAUCUAGUUAUAAGACAAUUCCCGUUCAUAUCAGUGACGCCAAUGACAAUUCUCCAGUUUUUAAUCGGCAAAUAUACGAAGUGACUGUACCAGAGACAUCACCACCGAACACGCCUGUGAUACGAUUAAAAGUCACAGACCAAGAUGUUGGCAAGAACUCGCAAGUAUUUUUAGAAAUUGUCGGCGGCAACGAAGGGGGUGAAUUUCGCAUUAAUCCCGAUACCGGAAUGCUCUACACCCAAAAGAAGUUGGAUGCCGAAACGAAGGCAUUUUAUACAUUAACAGUGUCGGCCAUAGAUCAAGGGAACGUGGGCACACGCAAGCAGUCCUCUGCCAAAGUCAAAAUUAAUGUCCAGGACACCAAUGACAAUGAUCCCAUUUUUGAUUUUAUAAAUAACACCGUUUGGAUAGACGAAAACGAACCCGCUGGCACGACGGUCAUUAAAAUAACAGCGAGAGAUAAAGACUCGGGCGAGAAUGCUUACAUAUCGUACAGCAUUGCCAAUUUGAAUGAAGUUCCCUUCGAUAUUGACCAUUUUUCAGGUAUUCUAAGGACGUCGAAACUUAUCGACUAUGAGACAAUGCGAAGGGAGUAUAUUCUGAGUGUGCGGGCGUCCGACUGGGGACUGCCAUUCCGGCGGCAAACGGAAAUUGAGCUUGUUGUUAAAAUUAAAGAUGUCAAUGACAAUCGGCCGCAAUUUGAACGUACCGAUUGCACUGGUUAUGUUUCACGGCAGACUGCUGUUGGCAUGGACCUACUUACGCUAUCAGCAAUUGAUUUUGAUUCGGGGAAUUUCAUUAUGUACCGACUGGUUUCAGGCAAUGAGGAUGGUUGUUUCAAUCUUGACCAAACUUCAGGCGUUCUAUCGGUUGGAUGUGAUCUGGCCGAUGUUGGUGUGCCCCAACGUGAAAUCAAUGUUACAGCUACCGAUGGAACUCAUUUUGCUGAUAUCAUGACCAUACAAAUAAAUCUGAUCGAUGAGAAACAAAGCUAUUUCCUGAAUCGAGGUUCAUCGGAUAUCAUUGGACAUAGCAUAUCAUUGCAGGAUGGUGGAAGUUUUGAAUGUCGCGAUACUGGAAUUGCCCGCCGCCAAGCCGAAAUAUUGGCUGCUGCCGAGAAAAACAACAUGCCCAGUCGAGACUAUAAUCCACAAGCUGAUUUUGUAAUGAUGCCCAUAAGAUAUGGCGAAAAUGUUCAUGCUCCAGAAUUUAUUGAUGUUCCUUUGGAAUUGAAAAUCAAUGAAACAGUGCAACUUGGCGAAACUGUCGCCUGGAUAAAGGCUAAGGAUAGAGAUCUCGGCUAUAAUGGAAAGCUGGUCUAUGGGAUUUCAGAUGGUGAUCAUGAUUCGGUAUUUCGAAUUGAUCCCGAUACUGGUGAAUUGCAAAUAAUUGGCUAUCUAGAUCGUGAACGACAAGAGGAAUAUGUUCUGAAUGUGACAGUUUAUGAUUUGGGAAAACCGCAAAAGUCUUCCUCGAAAAUGUUCCCAAUCACUGUUCUCGAUCAAAAUGAUAACCCACCAAAGUUUGAGAAGACUCUAGCAAGCUUUCGAGUUACAGAGCAUGCCAAAAACGGAACUGUAAUCUUCCAUUUGAAAGCAACAGAUGCUGAUAUUGGUGAAAACGCAAAAAUCACAUAUUCUUUGGUAACUGAGACAUCGUCAUUUCAAAUUGAGCCCGAAACUGGAAUACUCUACGUUAGCCAACCUCUGGACAGAGAAGAAAAGGAAGUGUAUGAGCUGCUCAUUCGAGCCACAGACAAUGGAUCUCCAACCCCUUUGUCGGCAGAUGCCGUGGUUCUGGUUAUAGUCGAUGAUGUCAAUGAUAAUGUGCCUACAUUUAAGUUGUCUGAAUACACGUUCCGUGUGCGGGAAGACAUUCCUAAGGGAACGGUUAUAGCAGUUGUUCAAGCUACCGACGCAGAUAUUGGGCCAGCAGGUGAAGUCUUGUAUUCGUUUGACGAUGAAACCGAGGGAGAAGAUAAAAUUUUCAAAAUUGACAAACAUACCGGAACCAUUCGAACCAUUGGAUAUUUGGACUUUGAAGAACGGCAGCUACAUAGUUUAUGUGUUCGUGCCAUUGAUCGUGGAACCCCGGCAUUAUCAUCUGAAGCAACUGUUAUAAUCGAAAUCAUAGACGUUAAUGAAAACCGCCAUGCGCCAGAAUUUGAAGAUUAUGUGUUGGUGGGAAAUGUUACGGAAAAUCAACCUCCUGAUACACAUGUUAUGAAUAUCAUAGCCACAGAUGCAGAUCCUCCGGGUCCAGAUUCAAGGGUUGUCUAUUCAAUACGAGGUGGCGAUGGAUUGGGAAUCUUUUCGAUUGAUAGUGAAGGUUCACUUCGGACUAUGGCUCUUUUGGAUAUUGAAUCCAAACCUUCCUACUGGCUUACAGUGUGUGCUCAAGAUCAAGCAAUAGUGCCACUUCAUUCAUGCAUAGAAGUGUUUAUUAAAGUUUUAAAUGAAAAUGAUAAUGUACCACUCACUGAAAGUCCAGUUUACUAUCCAACUGUACCAGAAGGAAGUCCGCCUGGAGUAGAAGUUCUUCAAUUAAAAGCCGAAGACCGUGAUGUUGACCCAGACGAACACAUAACGUAUAGAAUUAUUUCUGGAAAUCCCGAAGGCUUUUUUGCUAUUAACGGCACUACGGGAGUCAUAACAACAACUGCUAGAAAACUUGAUCGUGAAAAUCAACCAGAACAUAUAAUGGAGAUUCUGAUAAGCGAUGGAGGAAUCCCACCUUUAUCAUCGACAACAAGAGUAAUUGUAUCGGUUGAUGAUAUAAACGAUCAAAGUCCCGAAUUUGACCAACGUUUCUACAAAGUUCAAAUACCAGCAACUGUUGAAAUCGAUAAGCCACUAUUUCAGGUCCUUGCAAUCGAUAAUGACUUCGGGGAGAAUGGUCGUGUUACAUAUGCUAUCAAAUCUGGCAAAGGAAAGGCUAAAUUUCGAAUUGAUCCCGCUACUGGUGUGAUCUAUGCAGCUAAACCAUUCGAACCAGAAACAGAAUUCGAUUUGGCCAUUCGCGCCGAAGAUAAUGGCGAUCCAAAAAAGAUGCAUACAACCCGUGUUAAUGUUAUUGUAGUACCCGUCAGUGGGCCCUCAUUACAUCCUCCAGUAAUCAAAUCCAUAGAUCAAGAAGUCGAUGUUACCGAAACUGAUAGACCUGGCUUUCUAGUUGCUCUCGUUCAAGCUACCGACGAAGACAAUGAUCAGCUUUGGUAUGACAUAACGGAUGGUGAUCCCCGAAAUGAAUUUUACAUCGCUCGAGAUAAUGGAAACAUUCUUCUUACAAAAUCACUCGACUGGGAAGUUCAAAAAGAGUAUAAUUUAACAAUAAGCGUAACUGAUGGGGCUCAUGAAGUGUCAACCCAAUUAUAUGUUCAUGUGAUUGAUGUGAACGAUCAUAGGCCGGAAUUCACGGAUUCUGUGUAUAGAAUAGAUAUUUCAGAGAAUAUAGACGAGGAGACUGAAAUAUUGCAGCUACAUGCAACAGAUAUGGAUGAGGACAAGAAAAUAUUCUACACUUUGCAUGCAGCUCAAAAUCCAAUUUCGUUGACAUUAUUUCGAAUUGAUUCGAUAACUGGCAAUGUCAUAGUUACACAGCGUUUGGAUAGAGAACGAAUAGCUGAGCAUGUUCUAGUAGCAAUAGCUAAGGAUCAAGGUACACCGGCCAAGCGAAACUAUGCUAAAAUAAUAAUAACAGUUCAUGAUCAUAACGAUCAUCAUCCUGAAUUCACCACAAAAAUCGUACAGGGCAAAGUUUUUGAAUCUGCCGCACUUGGAACCAAAGUUGCUCAACUUUUCGCCAUUGACCGUGAUCUGGGAAAUAAUGCAAAGAUAACAUACUCCAUUGCAAGUGGUAAUAUUGGUAACGUAUUCGACAUAGAUCCCGUCAUGGGUAUCAUAAGUGUGAACAAAGAACUUGACAUCAAUUCUAUGCCCGAAUAUAUGCUACAAGUGAAGGCCUCUGAUCAUGGUAAACCCCCGCUCUCCUCCCAAGUGCCAGUACAUAUAAUAAUAACUAUGGGUGAAAAUGAUCCGCCACGUUUUAUCAAAGAACAAACUUCAGUUGAGAUUUAUGAAAAUCGUCCAAUUGGAACGUAUGUUACACAAAUCGAAGCGAGGUCUACAUCUUCGGUGAACUAUGAAAUUAUCAACGGCAAUUAUGGUGAUUUAUUUCAAAUCAACCCAUCGACGGGUGUAAUUACAACAAAAGACAUUGUCGACUAUGAAAAAGUGAAAAUGAUAAAUCUUACUAUAAUAGCAACCAAUUUGGCAUCGAUAUCAUCUCAAUCAUCGAUCAUCAUCCAUAUUUUGGAUCAAAACGAUAACACUCCUCAUUUUCUUCAAAAUAUCUACUGGGGAGAGAUUUCGGAGUCAGCUCCAAUAUCCUCACUUAUCCUCGCAAAGGACAAACCAGCUGAUUUGAAUGGAACAAGCGAACAACAAUCCUUCAGUAGAAAUCAAAACAAAGGACCUUUUCAAUCCAGUUUGGUUGUUAAUCAAAAUCCUUUGGUCAUACGUGCUGUUGAUUUAGAUUCUGGUUUAAAUGCACUCCUACGAUAUGAUAUUGUUGAAAACCUAGCUAAAAGAUAUUUCGAUAUUGACUCAACAACUGGUGCUAUAAAAACAGUGAUGCUUUUAGAUUAUGAAGAAAUUCCAUUUUUUGAUUUCCAUGUCCAAGUUACAGAUUUAGGUACUCCAAGGCUCUCUUCAGAUACAACAACCAGAGUUCAAAUAACAGUAACCAAUGUAAAUGAUUGUGCUCCUGUUUUUGAAAAGAACGAAUACAACGUAACAUUACUUUUGCCAACUUAUGAAAAUGUUAUUGUGGUCACUGUAAAUGCAACUGAUCCAGAUGGUUCGGAAAUUUCAAAUAUUCGCUAUGACAUUAUUGAAGGAAAUGAAGGAAAUGCCUUUGCAAUGGAUCCCGAAACAGGUGUAAUUACAACGAGGGACGUUGAACGUUUGAAUUCAUAUUACAAACUUCAUGUUCGUGCUUCGGAUGGAAAAUAUUCCAAUGUUACCAAUGUCGUUAUCAUUGUUGAAACCUCUGAAAACUACGGACUUUAUUUCAAAAAAUCCACAGUCGAAGGUGUAAUUAGUGAAAAUUCAACAAAAAUUACAACCAUUGCAACGGUAAAUGUCCUUGGAUCGAAGCUUAACGAGCAUGUUGAAUAUAAAAUCCUAAAUCCAACAAAAUUAUUUCGCAUUGGACUUACAUCUGGAGCCAUUGAAUCAACAGGCCAGAUAUUUGAUCGUGAAAUUUGUGACAAUUAUGAGUUAAUAGUUGAAGCAAGAUCUCAAGUUCAUAUGGAUGGCAAGCCGAGAGUAGCUCAUGUUGUUGUCAAUGUAACAGUUCUCGAUAUAAAUGACAACUGUCCCAUGUUUGUAAAUCUUCCCUACUAUGCAGUAGUUUCGGUAGAUGAUCCCAAGGGAUCAUUUGUAACGAAAGUACAUGCAGUCGAUUUGGAUAGUUAUGAAAAUGGAGAGGUUCGCUACGAAAUGAAACGAGGUCAUGGUGAAUUGUUUAAAGUUGAUAGGAAAACGGGAGAUGUAACACUUAAGCAAUCACUUGAAGGUCAUAAUAGAGAUUAUGAGCUCUUAAUUGCAGCUUAUGAUGGAGCUUCAACGCCUUGUUCAACGGAAGUUGGUGUUCAUGUUAAGGUUAUUGACAAAUCAAUGCCAGUGUUCAAUAAGCAAUUUUAUUCAGUUUCGGUGAGUGAAAAUAUUGAAAUCUAUACUCCGCUUGCUGUUACCAUUCAGGCAGAUAGUCCUUUGGGUCGAAAGUUGAUUUAUACAAUUGCUAAAGGCAAUGAAAUGGAAGAAUUUGCAUUGGAUUUCAAUACCGCUCCUGAUAGAAAAACUGGCCCCUGUACGAUAACUGUCGCUGACGAAUUAGACUACGAACGUGUGCAAAACUACGAUUUAAUUAUUCGUGCCACUGAUAGUGUGUCAGGAGUUUCAGCUGAAGUCCCAGUUUCUAUCAUGGUUCUAGAUGUUAACGAUAGCCCACCGGAAAUAGAACAUGACACAUACAACAUAAGUGUUUCGGAAGGUUCACCAUUUGGUACAUCGCUUUUGAAAAUCAAUGCCCGAGACAAUGAUACUGGACCCAAUGGUCAAAUAACAUUUGCAAUCGAUUCUAGUCAUCAAAAUAAUAGUUCAGAGAAUUUCCAUUUGGAUCCAUUGGAGGGAAUAUUGUAUUUAAAGAAAAGUUUAGAUCAUGAAAUGCAAAGUGUACAUCACUUUACUGUGAUUGCUACCGAUGGUGGAUCGCCAUCUUUGACCUCCACAGCUCACGUUUGGGUUUCAGUGAUUGAUAUAAAUGACAAUGCACCGAAAUUUGAAGAACCCUCUUACACAUGUGUGCUUUCUGUCCAUGCCAAACGUGGACAAUUUGUAAUAAGUGUGAAGGCAAGUGAUCCAGACUAUGUGGAUCAUUCAAACUUAGUUUAUAAAAUAGCUCAGGGCAAUGAAAUGCAAACAUUCGACAUUGAUUCAUCAACUGGAACAAUAACAUUACUGAAUAUGAACAAUUUUGCUGAACAACAAACAACGACUUUGAAUGUUUCUGUAACUGAUGGAAUUUAUACAAGUUUUACUCGAGUUAAAAUUAAUAUUUUACCUGGUAAUUUGAACAGCCCAGUAUUCUCCCAGCCUAGCUAUGAAGCGAAUAUUAAAGAGAAUCUCAUGCCUGGGCACCUGGUAACAACGGUAUCAGCACUCGAUAAAGACUUGGGUGAAUUCGGAACAUUUACAUAUGAUAUAUUCUCGGAUUCAUUAAAAGAGCUAUUUGCAAUUGAUAAAAUAAAAGGCAUUAUCGAAUCGAAAGUAUCAUUUGAUCGUGAAUUAUGUUCACAUUAUGAGAUACCAAUUAUUGCUAGCGAUAUUGGUGGUAGAUCUGGCUUUACAAUAGUUAAAGUUAAAAUCACCGACGAAAAUGAUAAUCCGCCUGUUUUUGUUCUCAAUGAAUAUCAUGCAGUUAUAAAUGCCAAUUUUCAAUUACAUGUUCCAUUUGUCAAGGUAAAAGCGUUAGACAGAGAUGAAAAUCAAAACAGUGCUUUGCUGUAUUCAAUGUACGAACCAGAAAAUCAAAAAAUUAAAAACCUCUUCCAAGUCGAUGAAAAUAAUGGUUCGAUUAGUUUACAAGCGUCCGUUGCGAACUAUGCAAAUGAAAUAUUUGAAUUUUUCGUUCGGGCAAGUGAUGGAGGCAUACCAUCAUUGCAUAACGAUGUUCCAGUGUCUGUGUUGGUUGUCAAGGACGACGUUGAUAUUCCUGCAUUCGAACAUAAGGAGCGAAAUCAAUUUAUAUCGGAAGUAUCGACACCGGGCACUUUGAUCUCUCGCGUUCGAUUGCUUGGAAACUUGACUGGAAGUUACAAAAUCAUUUCUGGUUUCGAUGAAGACAAACAGUUUGCAAUCAAUCAACAAGGAGAUAUUACUUUGUCAAAGACUCUGGAUCGAGAGCAAAAAGAAGUUCACACCAUCGGUGUUUUGGCAGAAAUAGGAAACAAUCCAGCUUACUCAGCUGUUUCGGAGAUAAUUUUACAUGUCCAGGAUGAAAACGAUAAUGCUCCUAUUUUUGAAAGCAAUCCUUAUAGCAUUUUGCUAGCUGAAAAUGCUGAGAAGGGCACAUCGAUUGUCAAGGUGACAGCACACGAUUCUGAUGCGGGGUCAAAUGGAGAGAUCCGAUACUUCCUGCCCGAUGACAUUGCUGAUAUAGCUAAUGUUUUCGACAUCGAUGUCUAUUCUGGUUGGAUAACAACCCUCAUUCCGGUCGAUCGAGAAAAACGCAGUGAGUAUCGCUUUCAAGUCGUGGCCACGGAUCAUGGACAAUCGAAACAUAUCGGAAAAACUACUGUUCUGAUUAAACUGAAGGACUACAACGACAAUUGUCUGCUAUUCAAAUCACUGAACUAUACAACAUCGGUGAGUGAAGACGCCCUCCCGGGCACUGUGCUCGUACAGCUUUCUGUGACCGACAAAGAUGCCGAUGCUAAUACAGCCGUAGAAUACUACAUCACAUCCGGUGAUCCACUUUCCCAAUUCCACAUCAGACAAACUGGAGAGCUGUUUACAGCAAAGCCACUGGAUCGGGAGAAAACUUCUUCGUACUUCUUGAAUAUCAUUGCCACCGAUGGGAAGUAUAGCGCAUCGACAAAUGUAACAAUUGCAGUCAAAGAUGUCAACGACAAUCCUCCCUAUUGUCUCAAAUACCGUUAUAAAGAAAUAAUCAACGAACUUAUAAUGCCAGGAACGGUUGUUCUUCAAAUUAUAGCCACAGAUGCCGAUGAAGAGGCUAAUUCCAAGCUAAGGUUCUAUCUAACAGGCAAUAAAUCUGAUGAUUUUAUUCUGGAUAAAAUCACCGGAGUCCUAAAAACCGCCCGUAAAAUUGACCGUGAAACUGUCUCAAAGUACUACCUGACCGCGCAUGUCCAAGAUCGCGAUCAAUUGUCAUGGGAGUGCAUAUCUAAGAUUGAAAUAUCAGUUGCCGAUACAAAUGACAACCAUCCAAUAUUCAGCAUGACCGAGUACUCGCUGAUACUUCCGGAAGAUGCUGAAAUUGGAACGCUGGCAACCAAAGUUCAUGCAACUGAUCGAGAUGUUGGAGUCAACCGAAAAAUUCGCUACUCCUUCCUUGACUCGGGUAAUGACACAUUCGCAAUAUCACCGGACUCUGGAAUUAUAACUCUGAAAAAGUCUCUAGAUAGAGAAUCUAUAGCUUGGUAUAACCUCUCUGUUAUAGCAACUGACCAAGGCACCCCACAGCUAUCAAGUAUAGCCACACUGAUUGUCAAUGUUCAGGACAUAAACGACAAUCCCCCGGAAUUCACUCAACAACAUUACUUUGCAAAUGUUGCUGAGAAUUGUAUUAUCGGAUCUGAAGUCGUUCAGGUGCUGGCAACGUCGCGGGAUACCGGAGUCAAUGCCGAUAUUUACUAUUCAAUUAUCGGUGGUAAUGAGCAGAAGAAAUUCGCCAUCAAUCGGAAUACUGGCAGUGUGUAUUGCAAUGGAGAGUUGGACUUCGAGAAAAUAAGACAUUUCCUGCUGACCAUUCAAGCGGUUGAUGGGGGAACCCCUCCACUCAGUAAUUUGGCAUCGUUAAAUGUGACCGUAACCGAUGUAAACGACAACAAUCCGCAAUUCAAUCAAAAUUCAUAUAAUGCUAGAAUUCGUGAAGAUGCGCAGGUAGGAGAUAAGAUCCUUCAACUUAAAGCUUUCGAUGCAGAUUCUGAUGAAAAUGGCCGGAUAUUCUACAACAUCGAACGUGGCGAUCGUUUGAAUCAGUUCCAGAUCGAUAACAAUACUGGUUACUUGUCUGUCAAGGGUUCCCUCGACAGGGAAUCAAUAUCCAGUUAUGUUCUCGAAAUUCGAGCCCGGGAUAAUGGAACUCCUGAACUUUCUAGCUAUGUUCACGUGAACAUUGAUAUAUCCGAUGCCAACGAUAACCCUCCAUUGUUCAACAAAUCAAACUACACCAUCAUUGUGCAGGAAGACAAGCAACUGGGACACGUAUUGAUUAAAUUUGAAAUUAUCGAUGCAGAUACAGCGCCAAAUUCCGCUCCGUAUACCUUCGAUUUUCGAAGUGGGAAUGAUGGUGGGGCCUUUCGUUUGGAACAAGACGGAACUCUGCGAACGGCAACUCGAUUCAACCACAAGGUCCGCAGUGUCUACAAUAUGCUGAUCAGAGUAUUCGACAAUGGUACUCCACCCCUAUACUCAGAUGCUUGGGUGACGGUGAAAGUAAUCGAAGAGAGUCAAUAUCCGCCCGUCAUAACGCCCAUUGAGAUUCUCAUAAAUUCAUAUCAAGAUGAAUUCCCUGGUGGGGCGAUCGGUCGAAUAUAUGCAACCGAUCAAGAUCAGUAUGACAAUUUAAUGUACAGCCUUGUACCAACUGCUGGGGUGCUAUAUUCACCGCACACCCUGUUUAACAUAUCCAAAGAUGAUGGUUCUCUAUAUGCAUUACCUAAUCUUGACGUAGGAGAUUACAGACUGAAUGUAACCGCAUCGGAUGGUAAAUUUACCGCCCAUGUAGUUAUAAAAAUAACCGUUGAUUUGAUUAGCAAAGAAAUGCUAGAAAAUGCUAUAAUUAUAAGAUUUAGUAAUGUUACUCCCGAGGACUUUAUUCUAAGUCAUCGCAAGGGUUUCAUCCGAUCCAUUCGCACAGCAAUGCGAACAAGGCAGAAGGAUAUUGUGAUAAUUUCUGUGCAGCCUCAUAAUGAGAGUGCGUCCAAUGAGGUGGAUAGUCAUCGUCGCUAUGCCAGACAUAGCCCGGAGGUGAAAAAUCAAUUGGACGUUGUGUUCACAGUUCGAAAACAACAGGUGAACCCCAAUGACGAUGGUUAUUUCUCUGCAAAGGAAAUUCAAGCCACAGUUGCUGAUAAUAUGGAGGAAAUCGAAGAAGCCACUAAUUUGAUCAUCGAACAAAUUGUCAAAACAAAAUGUAGCCAAACUCAAUGCGUCCAUGGAUUGUGCAAAGAUAAGAUCGUUUUGGAUCGGAAGAACAUACAUACAAUUGCCACGGAUGUAACGAGUUUCAUAUCGGCGGUCUAUGAGCAUUUGAAUGAAUGUAAAUGUCAGCAGGGCUAUGGAGGAGAGAAGUGCGAUGAAGCUGUGAACUCGUGUGCGGCCAAGCCUUGCCCAAUGUAUAAAAUUUGCUUGCCAGAAGGUGAUCUCGAAGAGGGACAUAGAUGCGUUUGUCCUCAUGGAUACACGGGUCCAACGUGUGAUCAUGAUGUAAAGAAAUGUGUCGGCUAUUCUUGCUACAAGCCCCUCAAUCCAGUGUCGUUGAGUGGUAAGAGCUAUGCGCACUACAAAAUCGACAAAAUGGUGGGUAAGAAAAUAUUCGAAGACCAACUUAUAUUCACGUUGAGAGUACGAACCCUGCAACAAACCGGAAACUUGAUGUACGCUUCAGGAAAAGUGGACUAUAAUAUUUUGGAAAUAUCAAAUGGUGUUGUGCAGUAUCGCUUUGAUUUGGGAUCAGGAGAGGGUCUGAUAAGUGUCUCGUCUAUUUACGUGUCGGACGGGGAAUGGCAUGAAAUAAAGCUAGAACGGGAACGGAACAGUGCUAAACUAGUGGUCGAUGGAAAACACACUGCCCAGGGAAGUGCUCCUGGAGUGAAUGGUAUCUUGAAUCUACAAUCAAAUGAUAUUUUCUUGGGUGCUGAAGUAAGGCCACAUCCAUCAGUGCUAGGGUUUGAAGAUAUUCAGCGGGGUUUCGUCGGCUGCAUGGAUGAUAUCCGCCUGGCUCGCGAAUCUGUACCAUUACACAUGACUGGCAGCAGUACUAUAGCGGUGCUGAAGAGAUUUGCCAAUGUCGAAUUCACCUGUGACAGUUCGACAAUUCUGGUUCCGCUUGGAAUCUGCGGGACUCAGCCAUGCUUCAAUGGGGGAAUUUGCAAGAAUAUUGGUAUCAAUAAUUUCGAGUGCCAAUGUCAUCCCAGAUUUACGGGACCCUUCUGCAAAGACGAUUUGGAUCCAUGUUCCUCAUCGCCGUGCUUAUUCGGUGGCAAAUGUCAUGCUGAGAAUUCAGGAAACUACACCUGCAACUGUCCCGCUGGAAUGUCUGGAAAGCGUUGUGAGUUCGGUCGAUUUUGCUCUCCUAAUCCGUGCAAAAAUGGAGGAGUGUGUGAGGAGGGAGACUACAUGGCCCAUUGCAUGUGCAGAGGCUACACUGGUGCAACAUGCGAGGUCGACCUAAACGAAUGCGAAAACCAACCGUGUGGCAAUGGGGCGACGUGUGUCAACGAGGCAGGAAGUUUUCGUUGUAUAUGUCCGCCUGAUCUUACUGGUGCCAGCUGUGGCGAUCCACUGUAUUCGAAUUCGAUAACAAGCCAGCUAAGAAACUUGCCACUAAUAGAUAUGAUAGGAAUUGCAUGCGCCAUUAUUGGUGUGGUGCUAUUACUUGGAUGCCUGUGUUACUAUAUUUGCAGUCGAAAGACAAUGAAUCAAGCCGGAGGUAGUGUGAAUAAUGAUCCACGCAAAGAUUUAACUUUGAAAGCUGUUAUGCCAAAGGAAGACUAUAAACGCAGUUCGAAAUUGAGUAAUUUAGAAGUUCAACAACGACCACAAAGCUAUACGACAAGUUCCAAUGAUAUUCCAUAUCCUGUUAGUACUGUUUUUGUUAAUAAUUUAGAUAUAUUAAGAAGCUAUGGUUCGGCUGGAGAUGAACUGGAAAAUGUACCGCCGGAAUAUCAAAAAUUAAAUUGUACCAAUCAACAUAUUAACAUCAAUGGGACCACUACAUGUGAUGCUGAAUCACUUCACAAACAAACUUGGUCGGAUCAAAUGCAAUUGAAAACGUUUAGUGACAAUAAACUCAAUAACGGUCGCAAAAUCGAACAUCACAGUAAUCAUACAAUGCGUUUAGGCUCCCUCAAACCUACAUCAACACCAAAUAGUAAACUUUUGCAUGUCAAUCUUCCAAACAUCAAUAAUUCGCAAAGUGCAUUUGAAGAUUCACCAAACAAUCAUGGUCAAUACCAUUGGGAUUGUUCCGAUUGGGCAAGGAGAAGUCAAAAUCCACUGCCUGAUAUCACUGAAGUUCCUGGCAUUGAAGUGCCCGACUCAUCGAGUUUUCAUAGUAAUGAAAGUAAUGAGUCCCAUCCGAAGAGUGUUCAUAUUCCGCUUAAUCUUGGUCCUGUGGAUCCUGUUCGUGAUAUAGAAACGUUGAACGAAGACAUCGAAUCGGAAUACGUUGAAGAAAGCGAAUCUGAAUGUAGUGAGAAACCUCUUUCCAUGUCUUUCGAAACCCACACGCCCAUAUCUGGAUUAAAUCUCUUGGAUAGUGGAAGUGAAGAUUAUAGAUUUAACACAGUGCCUUUAGUUGUAAAUAAUAGUAAUAAGUGCGAUAUUUACCAUCGACAUCCUAAUAGCUACUUGCCCCGAUACAAUAUACAAAGUGAAACCGAUGGAGAAACAUCAAUGUGCAGUACUAAGUUGUUAAAUAGUCAAAUUAGAAGAACAGUUCCAGGAAGUAAUGAUUCUGAUGAUGAAGAAGUUUCUGGAUAUGGUUUCCCCAAUCGAAGAAGUAAAAGACAAAUCAGUGAUAUAGAUAACAUCGUCAACAAAUGUGGUCCUGGUGAAAACAUGUCCCUUUUAGGCAGCUAUCAUCUUGGUGACUGUGAAUCGAAUAGUGAUAUAUCAACACAAAUAUGUGAGAUCGAAGACUCGGAAUUCGAGGACACACGACCGCCAAGAAAAUCAUCAACACUUACCAAUGCCUCCUCGAAAGGUUCUUCUGGUAAAAAAGCUGUAAAUUGGUCAAGUAGCGUCCAUCAAACCGAUGUUUGACAAAUGUACUGUGAACUAAUAAUUAUGGCGCAACAUAAUUUUCACUUAGUUCCAAAUAGAUAACAAUGAUUUAACAAAAAGAAAAACCUUGCAGCUUAUAAGAACACAUAUUAUUAUUUUAUAGUAUAAAAAUCUAGUUAGAUAUAUAAUUUUUAAUUUAAUAAAUUUUUAAAACAUAAAAACAAAAUACAGGGUACUUGGGGAAAAGAAUUACAAAACAACAACAAAAAAUACAUAAAACAACAAAGAAAAUACCUUGUGAAAAAUAAAUAUUCUACUUAACAUUAUUUUAAAUAAGUUAAAAGGGCUUAACGAAAAGAAAAGAAAACAAAAAAAUAAGUAAUUAUUUUAAGCCAGCAAUUCUUUUAUACUGCCACGUCCAACAUAAGUUUGAACUUCAGCAUUUUGUUUAGUUUUAAGAUUAAUCAUUUAGUUUUAUUUAAUUUUACAACUAAUAAAUUUACACUUUUUUAAA